AUGGAGAAUUUUACCGAAGACGAUAUAAAGUAUCUUGCUUACACUCUCUUGACAAUGACUUUGAUUGGUCUAUAAUGCACUAUUGUACCAAUUGUAAUUGUUAGUAAAGCAAGAAGAAAGUACUUCACUUAGAAUUUUAUGGACUAAUUCCUGCAAGCACCCACAACUGAUGGAGAAGACAUCAAUGAGCCAAUCUUGCCAGCAAAAGGAGGAUAUCCCGAUAUGGGAAGUGGAAGAUAUACUGAGAAGCUAGAGUACAGCCAAUGGUAUGAAUACAAUAAUGCCUAAAGAGUGCAUCUCAAUUUCGUAGAGUAACUACCUCUUAUCUAAGCUCUCAUAUUCAUUACUGCUCUUAAAACUCCUCUUGCAGCACUAAUUUUAUCAAUUACGUAUUUCGUUCUUAGAUUAGUGUACGCUGUUGGAUAUGCCGCUAAAGGUCCAAAUUUCAGAGGUUUUGGAGCAGUCCCUAUUCUCUUGUGCCUGGUUAUCCUAUUUGGAUUCUCUUUCUACACUUGUGGAGACUAUAUGAAGCAUUACAAUGAUACUAGUGUCACCCCACCUGUCCAAAGUGUUGACGGUCAGAUUAUUAAAUUGUGA